CGCGUCACGUGGGCGAGUCAGGUGACGGUGCGGGCGGCGGACUGGCUGCGGGGCGGACGGUGGACGCAGGGACGCGGCUUCAGCUCUGUCUCCACCGACCCGUGCCCCGCCGUCACCGCCGCCAUGACGGGGCUAGCGCUCCUCUAUGCCGGGGUCUUCGUGGCCUUCUGGGCCUGCAUGAUCGGCGUGGGGAUCUGCUACACCAUUUUUGACUUGGGCUUCCGCUUUGAUGUGGCAUGGUUCUUGACAGAGACUUCCCCCUUCAUGUGGUCAAACCUGGGCAUUGGCUUAGCGAUCUCCCUGUCUGUGGUUGGGGCAGCGUGGGGCAUCUAUAUUACUGGCUCCUCCAUCAUUGGGGGAGGGGUGAAGGCCCCUCGGAUCAAGACCAAGAACCUGGUCAGCAUCAUCUUCUGUGAGGCUGUGGCUAUCUACGGCAUCAUCAUGGCAAUUGUCCUUAGCAACAUGGCUGAGCCUUUCAGUGCCACUGACCCCAAAGCCAUUGGCCACCGAAACUAUCAUGCAGGCUACUCCAUGUUCGGAGCCGGCCUCACCGUGGGCCUGUCUAACCUCUUCUGUGGCGUCUGCGUGGGCAUCGUGGGCAGUGGGGCCGCCCUGGCUGAUGCCCAGAACCCCAGCCUCUUUGUGAAGAUUCUUAUCGUGGAGAUCUUCGGCAGCGCCAUCGGCCUCUUUGGGGUCAUCGUCGCAAUCCUACAGACCUCCAGAGUGAAGAUGGGCGACUAGACGGUCUGUGUGGGGCCGCGCCCCACUCUUAUUUAUUUGUGGUUUUCCUGGGGCAGCUGGAGCUGUGCCCCUUUCACAGGGCUCGGUGUUCUGGGCCCUCCCUGCACUCACUUCUUGCUGCCUGUCGACUUGGAGGCACUGGCUGGCUGGAUCCUCAGUGUGGGGAGUGGGCUGCUGAUGACUGUGCAGCUCUGCACCUGCGUCCCACCUCCACCCCCAACCUGUCUUCCCAGUGUUUGUGAAAUAAAUGUGGCAUUUUGUCUGGGUCA